ACAUUGUGUGAUUAUAUUUAAAAAUGAUAUCAGCCAAAUAUCGAUGUCCUUUAAAAUUUGCAUUUCACGCUGGUACAUGUUUAAAUAUGAGAUAGAUAAUAUAUUUAAAACAUAUGAAAUGCGUUAGUAUUUGGAAACGAACCGGCAUAGUUACAACACAUAAGCACUAUAUAAAGUGUUCCAGUAAAAUAAAGUUAAACAGACUUUCAUUGAUUGAUAUAAGCAAGACGAAAUCAUGGCUGCAUCCAUACCUUGUAAUGACAGUCAUGACAUGACGGAAACAAACGAUGGAAACGGUCAGGCCAGCACGGGCCACAGUCAAUACAUGGAGCCACCAAGUGAUUGGGCUUUCAACAAUCUCGUUGCACACAUACUUCAAAACUUGGAUGCAAAUCAUAUUGGAAAAAUAAAAUUGCGUUUUAAAGGAAUCAUACACGAAGCCGUCAGAUCAUGGGAAGAAGCAUUUGACAUACUUAUGCUUGAACGAUAUAUUUCUGCGGAUAAUUUGAUUUACCUCCAAAUUAUUUUGCGUACCCUUGACCGUCCAGACCUCUUUGCAAAGACCGUCGAGUAUGCGGAGAACAGCAGACAAAGGAUUCUUCAUUUCUAUGAAAUAACAACGCCGCUCCCGGAAGGCCAUAACUACGUUCGCAUUCAUGUCAAAGGCGGAAGAUGUCGUACGGCAGAGAACCUGCAUAUAAUACGCAAAACAAUUGCAGAAGCGUUUUGUAUUCCGAUUGACGAUAUAAUGGUUGCAGGCAUAAUAGAAGGCCGCAGCGUAUAUCUAACAUUUAUGCUCCCAGAUUUUUUCAUUGAAACACUCCGAAAAAUUCUUGAAAACCAAAAAUUAAGAUAUAUCUUGGAACCAUUGGGUCGUUUAGGAAUUGACGAAAUAAUGUUGCCUGACUCUACGUUCAAUGUAGAAACUGAAGACGAAACACUACACAAUUUUGAAACAGCACAAAGUGGAAACAUAAUACAACGGUUGAACCUGCAACUUCAACAGAAAACCUAUCAAAUGAAGGAGUUAGAGAAAGAAAUUCUUAAGAUAAAAAGAAACAACAUUGAAGUAGUUCCCAAUGGAAAGAAUGUCAAAACGAGGAGCCAUGCUACGCCUAUCAAAGAACGUUUAGUAGUAAAGAGGGUAAGGCGGAAAUUAAAAAGGAGGAAUACAUUCAGAAAUGGACAUGCAUGUUUAGGUUGUGACCUUCAAAGUUAGUUCCAAAGAGAAAUAACGAUGAUACCUUGAUUGAAUAACGUUGCCAGUUGACAGAAGUGAUGGUAAAAUUCAAAAAUAUUAAUAAACUAAUCGUGUUAUAGUAAAUUUUAUCAACAUUAUAAUAAACAUUUAUGUCUGUCUAAACAGUAAUAACAAAUAUCAUUUACUUUAAAUUUGUUGUUAUUUUUAUCUUAGUUAUCUUAACCAAUGUACAUUUUCAACUACAUACUUGUAACCUUGUAAUGAAUGAUUAAUUAAUGAUAACUAGAAAAACAAUAAACCAAUGUACCAACUUUUCAAAAAUUGUUUCGCAGAGCAUUUCUAUGUGGAAUUUCAAUGCCGCAUGGAUGAAUUUCAAUGAAGUCUUAACAUCUCAUUAUUUAAACACUGUUUAAGGAACACAAACUAUGCAAAAACAAUCAAUUUAUAUUAUCAAACAACGCACCGGCAGAGCAUCCACGAUUUCUGGUGCAGAUUUGUCUGGUAGUCGGGUUAUUACAUUCAACAAUUCAACGGGUUCUUCCAUAGUUUAAAGAAAUCAUUUAACAAAACUUUAUAUUUUAGCUUAGUUUAUUUUCCAUUUUUAUUCCACAAAAGUAUAUAAAACAAGUAAAACAAGUACAUAACAUUUCUAAACUUAUAUAGAAACAUAUAACAAUGAAUUAGUAUAUAUAUAUAACAAUUUCCUUUCUCACAUUACUUCUGUGUUUUUAUAGAGAAAUUUUAUUGGAAAGGGAGAAAAUGUAUUAAAAGGAUGAAUGAUACAGUAGAAAGAGAGAAGAAAUAGAGAUAUUUUGUGAGAUAAAGUGCAUGGGAAAACAUGUUCAAAUCUUGUUUAAAUAAAUUUAAUCCAUUUUUCAUUACAAAUGUGUAGUUUGUCUUUUUUCAAAGCAAUAAUUUCUUCAAGUCGUCUUCGGUUUUGCACAUACUGUUUAAAACUAUGUAUUUCAGGUAUGCUUUUAUUGCAUUUGUUUUUAAAAAUAAAAUAUUUAGCCAAAAGAAAAAUGAAGUUGAAGAUUAGGCUAUUAUUUUCUUUUUUAUCAAGGACAUUGCAAAACAAACUGAAUCGAAAUUAAGCUCUAUAUUGCGGGACAGUUUAGCCUGCAUAUAAUUCUUAACAUCUGUCCAGAAGCUUUGAAUAAUUUGGCAAUCCCAAAACAUAUGUUUUAUCGAAUCUGUGUUCAUAUUGCAAAAUCGCAUAGACUGGAUGUUAUAAUAUUGCAUUUGAACAAAAAUGAAUUAUCCGGUAAGGUGUGCAUAGUGUAUUUGUACUGAAAAGCACGGACUUUUGUAUCAAUAGUAAUAGUGAACGUACUGCUAUUAAUAUUUUUCCAAUUAUGUAUACUAUUGGGUAUAAUCUGACCCCAUUUUGUUUGGUAUUUGAAUGUAGAUGGUUUUCUUUUGAAUUAAUAUGUUGUACGCAAGUUUACACAGUUUGGUAUUUUCCUUAAUAUUCUUCUCAAACCAUUUAGCAUAAAAUAGAGUUUUACUAUCAUUGCCUUUUAUUUUUGAAUUAUUCCAUAACAACUCCUUUGAAAUAUUAUCCUUUACUGCUUUAUAGUUCAUUUUUGACCAAUCUGUAAUGAUUUGCUUUAGGAAUGUUGAUUUUAUUUUAAGGUUUUUAGCAUCGAGUUCGUUGAUACUGCAAUUAAAUAAUAGAUUGUUCCCGUAUUUUUUUAGUUCAUGUUCAUAGAUUAAAUUCAUGUUGCUAUUAUCAUUAAGUAUUCUUUUAACCCAACUUAUUUUCAAAGCAUCUAGUAAUGUUUCAAUGUCAGUCAUUUUUCAACCACCAUCUGGAUAAUCUUGUAUAAGUAUAUUUCUACAUAUUUUAUCAGGCUUUGAAUCCCAGACAAAGUCAUACAUGGCACUGUUUAUUGUCUUUACAAUAUCUGCUGGUGGGUUAUCUAAAACGGUUAACGGAUAAAUUUGUUUCGGGAGUGCAAAUGUUUUGAGAACAGUGAUUUUUCCAAUUAGUGAUAAAUUCCAUUUUCUCCAACCUUUCAAGACUUUUUUUAAAUUCUAGCAACUUUGACAAUGUAUUAAGAUUGUGCAUUUCUUUAAAAUUAUUGCAAAAUGUUAUACCUAAUGUUGUAGCCUGUGUUGAUGUCCAUUUGAAUGUUUCAAAAUUUUUGUAAAUUGUAUUUGUAUCUUAUAAAGAGCCAAUGCGCAACACA